UCAAAAUUUGUUUCAUUCAUGUCAAACUCAUUUUCUUUUUGUUGAUUAAUAGCAGGCUUUAAGUUUGUGAUUGCUUAGAUAAAUAAAACGUAAUGAUGGCUGAGGAUACGACGGCCGACGCAACAAGGCGAUUAAAUGUUAAAAAACAGACAUUAGACGAUGCGUACGCUGCACCGGCGAAUUUCUUAGAAAUUGACGUGGUGAACCCUACUACGAUGGGAGUUGGGAAAAAACGGUACACAGAUUACGAGGUUCGCAUGAGGACCAAUCUUCCUGUGUUCAAAGUGAAAGAGUCGAGCGUGAGACGGCGGUACAGUGAUUUCGAAUGGCUAAGGAACGAACUCGAAAGGGAUAGUAAGAUUGUAGUUCCACCUUUACCUGGUAAAGCAUUAAAAAGACAACUCCCUUUCCGAAGUGAUGAUGGUAUCUUUGAGGAGGAAUUUAUAGAGGAUCGUAGGAAAGGUCUAGAAGUUUUUAUAAAUAAAAUAGCGGGUCACCCGCUGGCCCAGAACGAGAGAUGCCUUCACAUGUUCCUGCAAGAUCCCAAUAUCGAUAAGAACUACGUCCCCGGCAAGAUCCGGAACACAUAACCCUUCAACAUCUUCAUACUGUAAAGCAAUUCUCCCAUACAUUAUAUAUUUAUUUAUUUUUUAAAAUAAUUCGUGAUUUUAAUUUAAUCAUAUCGUGUGCUAUCAGUUUGUUAUCAAGCUUUUCUGUAAAACAGUAUUUUUGUACGGCUUGGCAAAAUGUAUAGAAAAAGAUUCUGUUGCUACAAAAUUAGGCAAAUGUUGCCAACCUAAAUAUUUAGUUUGAAAAAGAAAAAUGUUUUAUAAUAUUUUUUGGCCAGUCUGUAUACAUGAUUUAUUUAGUGUUGCUAUUUAAUUAAUGAUGCUUAUCUAAUUAUAAAUAACUAUUGGAAACCGUUUUAAAAAUAAAAGGGAGAAUUGCUUUACAAGUAGCCGUCCCGUACAGUGAUAAAACUUGGACCUUCACUUAUAUCAUUUGAUAGCGAGAUUUAGGCAAUAUUGAACACUUAUUUCAUUCCACAAGAAGAAGUGAAAUUUUGCAUAUAUAAAUAUUAUGUGAGACUUCAAUACAGAGUCUAAUGAAUUGAAAUCAAUAGUAUCGUUAUUUUAACAACCUUUAUUCUGUUUUUUUUUUGUAGAUUUCAUCAUUUUAUCAUAUGAAUUAGAAUUUUAUUAGAUUUGUGGUUGUGGAAUAUUUUAACUCCACUGAAUACACUAACACGUAAAUUAGUAGAAUUCAUUGUAUUGUUUAUCCCAGCUGUUGUAUUAUAAUUCCAGUUAUUGUAUUUAAAAUGAAUUAUUAUUAGAUUGCUGGUCAAUCUGCAAAUAGUCCUUUAGUUUUUAUUUUUCCAGAUUAUUUCCACAGAUCCAUAAUUGUAACAUGUUGUUUAUGCAAAUAUUUCACUUCUUAAUAAUUGUCUAUGUCACCGAUGUGUAAGGUCUGUCG